CAGUUAUACAUCUGAAGUAAAAGCUUCUUUUACUAUUAAAAAUUUCAUUAUAAAGAUUUUCUUUCGUUUACAAUUUAAAUAAUGGUCGUACGUAUUUUAAUAAUUUAAAUUUGUGUGUCACACACGUUCUUAACGAUAGAAAAUCUGCCUUUUCUCACAUUCAAUAUUUACAAAUCGCUUAUACGGAAUGUGACUAGAGGAAAAGGUACAGCUAUUUAGUAUUUUUCUGUAGAGUUAAAUGUGGUCCACACAUCGAGGCUGCCACCCAACUAUAAUGUGUCUUUAUUGGACACAUGUGGAGACAAAUUAUUUGACUGAAUAACCAACCUACAAGAUCUUAAGAUAAUUAAAAAAUCAGGUAACCCACAUUUUGGAAGAAUUUGAGAGCCGGAAUAUUGCAAAUUAGCGUAGAUUGUCGUCAUCAUUUUCUAAAAAUAUUUGAUUAUAAAAAUGUUUACCUUGUGGACACUUGUGGAGGCUUCUUUACUGUGCCUAAAUGCAGUAUGUGUAUUACACGAAGAACGUUUUUUGGCAAAGUUUGGUUGGAGUGCACAAGCAUCUAAUAUGCAGGAAUUUGGACAGCCCACAGCGAAAGCUCAAAUCUUAAAUCUGAUUCGGUCUAUUCGUACAGUCGCAAAGAUACCACUUAUAUUCCUUAAUGUGCUUGCGAUAUUAAUAAAGCUAAUACUUGGAUAAUAAAACGACUUUUAUUUUGCAUAUAGUUUAUUAAUUAAUCUAAAACUAGUUCUACAUAAAUUAAUAUCUCAAUGCGUAGUAGUUCUUCGUUGAAGUACUGACUUUACCCUAUUUUCAAGUGCUAUACUAUAAGCAUCCAAUUUAUAUGCAGCAGCUUCCAACUUGUCUACUGUGUCAGAUAUUUCGUCGAUUUGCUUCAUUAAUGGAACCUAUAACAAUAAACAUAAACAAUUUUGUAACGCAUUUUGCAAUUGAACAAUAAAAAUUAUAAUACCAAUUGUUGGAA